CACAAAAGACGCUCGUUUUUAGAGCCUCAUUUAUUCUAACUAUUAAUUAUCUUUUUCUAUAUUUCGUGAAACAUUAAAAUAUAUUUUCAGCAAAAUGGCAUUUGUAUAUAGUUGUUGCUUUUACUUUUCUCUUCGUUUAGGGGGAAUUAUAAUAGCAAUUUUUUCAAUUGUUCAAGCUGUUGUGAAUAUAGCAGUUUUAAGUCUUGCUGCCGAGAAUAUUGAUAAAAUAAAACAAUUUUUAGUUCCGUGGAUUGAUGAUGUUAGUCUUACGUAUGUUACUGAUUUAAUAUCAUACUUUUUGGAAGAUCUUGAUAAAUACAUUAGUUAUGUUAUAACUACACUUUCCUUUUAUAUUUUCGGAUGUGUUUUUUAUAUUUACGGGGCAUAUAAGCUUAUUAAUAUUUUGAUGUUUCCUUUUAUUUUGCUGGAAUUGCUACGAUUAUUUGUAUUGACUUUCUUUAUGAUAACUGGACUAUUGGUACUUAAGCAGAAUACAAUGGACCUUGGUCUUCUUAUUGGAAUAAGCGUUAUUGUAGGAUUCACUCUAGUGGGAAUGUUUUAUCUGUGGGUUUGUUUAGCAAAUCUUCCUAUUUUGAUAAAUGAAAUGAAAGAAGAUGAACAAAUAGCUUUAAUUGAAAAAUUGCAGAAAAUUAUUGAAAAGAGCAAUUUAAGAUAUUCGUCUGAUUGGACGGAUCAACCAGUUGGGGGCGGACGCUUUAAAUUACAGAACCAGAAAGAAAUAUUCUUCGUGUCCAGGAAUAAAAUAGUGGAUAGACCACCGCAAUAUAAUUUUAAGUUUAAUACAGCAAAAUAAUGAUUAUUUUG